AUGUUCCGGACUACGGCCCAGAUCCGGCACGUCUCAGCCAUCCCCGCUGGCAUCCCAGCGUCCAAGGGUGUCGAGAUGCUGCACGACCACGAGUUCUUCAUCAAGUGCGACCCUCACAUGAUCAAGUACGAGGCUCUGCAGACGUCCCAGGAUCCGGCGCCUGCACCUCCUCCCGGGGGUCAGCCCGUCGUCGCCUCGCCCAAGUGCUAUUCAAUCACAGACAGGGUGCAUGCCCUGCCGGCGGGCCUCUGGGACUCCGACGUUGUCAGCAAUGCAGAGUUCUUUAACCUUGAGAGGGGGGUCUUCAUCCGUAUGAGAGGUCCGAUGGGCAUGGUACUGGAGACGGUGUGGCAGAUCGAGGAGGCAGAAGAUGGGAGGUGCGAGAUCGUCGAGGAUGUCGUCAUUGCAUGUUCUAGAUUGCUUGUGGGUGUGGUCAAAGGUUCGUGCGAGGAUGGGUGGAAAGGGGUGCAUGGCAAGAUGGUCGAGAGGCUAAAGGGAUCUUCGUGA